UAAGCUGAGGCUGUGGGGUCUGCAUCUGGACUGGAGUGAAGGCUUGAUGGAAAAGCUGGACAGAGGUUCAGGAAAAGAGAGUGUAAUGCUGAGUGGCAACACCACACAACAUACAGAGUGAAAUCUAGUGGAAAACCGAAAAAUUACAAGAAAGAAAAGCUGUGGCUCUAGUUCAGAUCGCGAUGGGGAGACACAUAUCUAAAGUCAAGGCAGUAAAAUACAAUGAGUUCAGCUGGAGACAGACAGCACUCUUCCAGGAAGUCUCUAGCUCCUGAUUCUGCUCAUCCACAGCUGUGUGAGGAUGUGAAAACAGAGACUUCAGAUGGAGAGACAAAGGGCAUUGUGAAGAAAGAGGAGACCCUGGAGCUGAGCAUCAGUAACCAUGGAAAUGACCUCAAUAACACACCUGAAGUUAUCUCCAUUAAAGAGGAAGAAGCUGACAAUAAAGUCUACCUCUACUGUGAACUUUGCCAGUCCUCCUUCUUUAACAAGUGUGAGGUCCACGGUCCGGCACUCUUCAUCCCUGAUACUCCUGUUCCCAUGGGGGUCCCUGAACGAGCCAGACAAACUCUUCCUCCUGGACUAGAGAUUCAGAUGUCUGAUAUUCCUGAUGCAGGUCUAGGAGUGUUUAAUAAAGGAGAGACUGUUCCAGUUGGUGCACACUAUGGACCAUACCAGGGAGAGCUGGUGGACAGAGAGGAAGCCAUGAACAGUGACUACUCUUGGGUGAUAUACAUGAGUAGGCAGUGUGAAGAAUACAUAGAUGCCAAGAGAGUGAUGCAUGCUAACUGGAUGAGGUAUGUCAAUUGUGCUCGUAAUGAUAAAGAACAGAAUCUUGUGGCAUUUCAGUAUCAAGGUGGGAUUCUGUUCCGUUGCUGUCGACCCAUUAAUCCAGGACAGGAGCUCUUGGUGUGGUAUGAAGAGGAGUAUGCCAAAGAUCUAGGCCCUACAUUUGACUUCCUGUGGAAAAAAAAGUGCUCUGCAAAUGAAGUAACUGAUGCUCCAUUGCAGAUCUCCUGCUCCUGGUGUCCACUUUGCUAUACAUCUCAAAUUUACCUUGACAUACACAUCAAACAAUGUCACUACAAGGAGUAUGUGAGACUGAAGAAAUCAGGAGAGAUUAAAUAUGAAAUUCAGAUGCCCACAAAAGGCUCCAGUUGUAAGCAAAUAUCUGAUACUCUCAGAUGUGAUACAAUGGAACUUCACCACUGUGCAGACUGUGGAAAGAAUUUUAUUAAUGAGAGUGCUCUACAACGACACCAGCGCAUUCACACAGGACAGAAGCCCUAUCGCUGCUUACAGUGUGGAAAGAGUUUUACUCAUCAGGGUAAUCUUCAACGACACCAGCGCAUCCACACAGGAGAGAAGCCGUAUCUCUGCUCACAGUGUGGUACGAGUUUUACUCAUCAGGGUAAUCUUCAACGACACCAGCGCAUCCACACAGGAGAGAAGCCACAUCACUGCUCACAGUGUGAAAAGAGUUUUAAUCGAAAGGGUAGUCUCCUACGACACCAGAGCAUUCACAAAGAGAAGAAGCCGUAUCACUGCUCACAGUGUGGAAAGAGUUUUGCACAUCAGGGUAAUCUUCAACUACACCAAAGCAUUCACACAGGUGUCAAGCCAUAUCACUGCUGUCAUUGUGGAAAGAGUUUUACUCAUCAGGGUACUCUUCAACUACACCAGCGCAUUCACACAGGAGAGAAGCCGUAUCACUGCUCACAGUGUGGAAAGAGUUUUACUCAUCAGGGUAAUCUUCAACUACACCAGCGCACUCACACAGGAGAGAAGCCGUACCACUGCUCACAGUGUGGAAAGAGUUUUACUCAUCAGGGUAAUCUUCAACUACACCAGCGCAUCCACACAGGAGAGAAGCCGUAUCACUGCUCACAGUGUGGAAAGAGUUUUAAUCAAAAGGGUCAUCUCCUACGACACCAGCGCAUUCACACAGGAGAGAAGCCGUAUCACUGCUCACAGUGUGGAAAGAAUUUUACUGACCAGAGAAACCUUCAACAACACCAGCGCAUUCACACAGGUGAGAAGCCGUAUCACUGCUCACAGUGUGGAAAGAGUUUUACUGACCAGAGUAAUCUUCAACGACACCAGAGCAUUCACACAGGAGAGAAGCCGUAUCACUGCUCACAGUGUGGAAAGAGUUUUACUCAGCAGAGUAAUCUUCAACGACACCAGAACAUUCACACAGGAGAGAAGCCGUAUCGCUGCUCACAGUGUGAAAAGAGUUUUAUUCGAAAGGGUGAUCUUCAAAAACACCAGCGCAUCCACACGGGAGAGAAACCAUAUCACUGCUCACAGUGUGGAAAGCGUUUUACUGACCAGAGUAGUCUCCGAAGACAUAAGAGCAUUCAUACAGGAAAGAAGCCUGCUUACAGCAUCACUGCUCACUGCUGAUAUAAUGAUUUAAAAUGCAGUCUUGGUACAAUAUUACACUGCCAUGAAAUUUACCCUAAUUAUAUUAGCAGACCUGCCAACCUUUAUAUUUAGGAGCUCUGCAAGUUAGCAUCGGAGUAUGCUAGUAUGAGUUAUUGUCCAAAAAUAUGCCAAAACAGCAGUCAAUUUCUCCCCAAUAAAUCGACAAAAUGAAUCUGAAAUGAUUUGUGCUCCAAUAUUAACUGACACCACUAUCUUCUGGGCUCAUGGAGCAUCAGAGUUUGCCACCAAAUGGCACCAGAAAAAAAAAAAAGUACUUUCAAUUUUAGAUAGAAACAGAAAAAAAGAUUAAAUAGCAUUAAAUGUCAUAUCUUUCCAAAUAAUGUUAAAGGUGAUGAUAAUUAUUUAUGAUGAUAAUGAUAAUUGAUAUUCUUAAUUCAGUUUGCUAACCUGGUUUAAUUCAUCAAAUCUCGCAGAUAUAUUUUAUAUAUCUGGAUGACCAGAACAGUGGGAUUUUUUUUCUCCGAUAUUUCUCUUAGAAAAAUUCCCACGCACCAUCUAGCUUUUCCCUUAUCAUACAAUGGCUACCAACUAGGGAGGGCAAAGGUUAUCACAUGCUUUUUCCUAAACAUGUAAAACUUUUUGAACUGCUGCUCCUACUGUGACAGAGCAGCAUAACACACUUGGAGGAAAGCGCUAUCUGCCCCAUUCUGUAUACAUGAGCUCAAAGAUGCCCACAAUUGACUAGUGAAAAUGUGGUCAAAAGGGGAGAGAGCAUGGUUUUUCCUCUCUUGCUCUCCCACCAUGCAUGGCUGUAAUCUCUGGAUUAUAGAGCAAACACUUUCCUGUUGUGUCACUUUGGAGCCUGAACAGUGGAAUUUAAUGGUGUGCUGAUGAAUUAUAUCUCACAGUGGGUGAUGUAUGAAGAAAACAAGAAACCUAAGACAGAACUUUGUCACAUUCCAUAAUUUACCUGCAUUUAUUUAAGCCACUGUAAAUUUUUAUUGCAAACAUUUUCUUUUGUUAUAUGCAGUGACGAUUUCUAAAAACUGUGAAGACAGAAUAGACAUUUGUAACAGUUAUGGUCUUUUAAUGUUAUGUAUUAUUUCAUGUAAUUUGGAUUAGUAAAAUGUUUUGUGUCUGUCCUUAUCUUGUUCUAAUGGUUGUACAGGCACAUUGAGAGAUUGAUAACUAAGUUUAAAUCCUUAUAUGUAUACAAGUAUGCGCAAGUGUACUUGGCCAAUAAAAAAUGUGCAUGUGCUU